UGACGUUUCACAAGUUCACGAGGACACAAGUACAGAGAAGUUCACAUAUUGAGAAACGGCCAUUGAGAAACGGAUUAUUCAGGUCACUUGGGAGAAGGCUUUGUGAGGAAAUGCAAAUUUACAAGUUGUGAAUGAAGAAGAAGAAGUUGGGCUGAAAGUGGAAGGCUUCUCUCCAGUUCUCCCCUCACUCACACAGCCGAUAAACAAUCUGUUUUACUCCGCGCUCAAAAUGCAGCUUUAUGGAGCUCUGAUGCUGUUUACGACUCUGUCUGCAGCAUGUGCAUUAAGAUGCUACACAUGCACAGCCACCGACCCUCAAUCCUGCACCGACACCAAAUCUUGUCCUGUCAUCUUCAACCGUUGUUUCUCUCUCAGAGUAGACGGUUAUAACAUGGUUACCAAGGGCUGCCAAACCAGUUUAGCGUGCAUAGGUGCCGUGGCUUGCUGUGAAGGGAACUUGUGUAACAGCGCCACACCAACUGGUCCCAGUGUCAUCCUCCUGCUGGUGUCCUCGGCCAUGAUCACACUCUCUCUCUGAAGUUCUGGGAUUUUGUCUUUCCUCAAUGCAGCACUUUUUCUUUUCUUUUCAAUUGUAAAACUGCAAGAACUGUUUCUAAAUGAGUGAGACGAUCUUUUCAUUUAAAUGUAUAACUUCUUAGAGAUUUAGUCUUAAAAGUCUGAUUUGUUUUGAG